AGAUCCCGUCACCGCAGCCCAGAUCCCUUCAUGAGCGAUUCCAACGAACAGCCCCGCCCCAUCGCCGAAAUCGAGUACCAGCCGCGGACCAGCGAUGCCGCUAAAGCUGCCGAGGCUGCCGAGGCUGCCGAGGCCGCUCGCCGCAUCAGCGUCCGCAACACAACCAUCGAUCAGCUCAACGAGCUGAACAUGUCCUACGCCCUGACCGAUCUUGGGCCCAUCAUCGUCAAUGAGGACGGCACCAUGUCCCGAAUCACCAACUGGACCGAGAUGUCCGAGAUCGAAAAGAAGACCACCCUGCGGGUGUUGCCGAAGCGCAACAAGCUCCGGAUGGAGAAGCUGUUGGCCCAGGGACUGUGAUGCGCACACACCUCGCUGAUUGAGCACCCCUGGACCCCAAUCUGAGCCGAACAUGUCUCGGCGACUGAGUAUUGCCUGAUAGGAUCGGGUGUUGCCUUGGGCACGCAGCCACAGAGCGAGCUCGCUGAAUGUUGGCUCAGGCAUGGGUCGCUGCCUCUGGCCUCGGCUCUCAGACCGGAUCAAUGGCCGCCUCCUCUUCCCGUACCCUGCUCCGGCUGCAGAGAGCUUGUCAAAUACAGCACAGUCGAUCCGGAAACUCUGGCACGGCAACGGUUCUUCCCUAUCACAACGUGCACAUCAAUGCUGCUGCCUCUGCCUGUUUCCCAUUCGCACAUUGGUCCAGCGAUGCAGUCUCACGCAACAUUGCCCAAGACCACGUUGUC